GCUCGAAAAUACUACGUUAAGAAUUGUAUCUUCCGCAGACGACGAGCAAGCGAUUUCCUGUUCUGUUGUACUUCCUGGAUUUCGAAAGAUUUUCCACGUGUGAAAAAAGUGAAAAAAGGAGGAAACACGGGCUUCACCCGUGCCUCCACAAAAUCUUCCCCUCACAAACGACACAUGGAAUUUUCUACGGGUGCGAACAUGGGAGCCCCGAGAGUCGAUUACUUUCACCAAUUCAAUUGAGUUGACCAAGUUACUACGAGUCCAUCAUCUCGAUCUCAGAUAGCGAGAAAAGGUGUUUCAAUUCAGUUUCGUCAUAUCUUUCCCAAGCACCUUCUGGUGAUCGGAAGGAAAUUGAUAGAUGUUUGAGUCGCGCAACGACAUAUUCUUGGAAAACUUGAAUUCUUUUCGUUUUAAAAUAGUUGUUCUAAUAUAUUAGUAGUAGCUACAUCACUUGAGGAAGUAUUACACGAUACCUCAAAACCCACAGCAAUAUGCCUGCAGACUAUUUCGGAAAUCGAAUGAAUGUACACGGUUAUUCAUUCAACCAACUUAGAAGACACCCUGACCAUCUCCGAAAGGAGAGAUGUGUCCAGCGGAGUAUUGCUCGAACAUAGUUUGUCCAGUGAGUUGUUCAGCAACCAUGUUUCCSAAGAUACCCAUCAUAGCGGCACGGCCGUUGUUCAAUUCAACAUUAAGCUUGCGGGCCUUUUCUUCAGGGUCUUCGAUGUCACGUCCGAACCAUCCUACUCCGUAGUCUCCGUCGUAUUGGGAAGCAGGCAUCCAUGCAAGUUCAAUAAGAGCAACGAAGAGGAAGAUCUGGGCAAGUCCAGCCGAAGGAACGGCGGCAAUUCCGGCCAUACCGGUAGGAAUAUCGGAGAACUUCAAGUCGUUCGAGGGGGAAAUGUAUCCGUCGAAGACGAUGUGGUUGUUGUGGACGAUGGUUCCAACAACGGCAGCCAUGGCAAUGCGACCGUGCUUUCGCUCGACGGCACGACGACGUUCGAAGGCCUCAGGCUCAGUGUCCAACCAUCCAAGAGGAUCGAAAACUCCGAGGGGCUCGGUAACACCAAGCUCAAGCUCACUGACCUGAAGGGCAGAGGAGGUCUUGGCCUGUUGGGCAGGGGCAAAGGCGGCCGCGGUGGCGAUGAGGGAGGCAAAGAUGGCAGACUUCAUUGUGAUGSUGUAUUUUGUUGAUUUAUGAUGCUAGUGUGUUAGCCAAGGAAAAUCGAGAUGCACAACCAUCCAGCCCGCACUAAAGUUCCAUGAUAUCGCAACGUAUUACGAAGUAAUUUUCACAGAAAACCUUGGCGGAAGAUACUUCAACUUUAACGAGCUUUGUUGUGCGGAAGAUAGUGAAGAUUGGUCUGUUAUGCGACCGGAAAUUAUUUUAACACACGUCGUUGAGCUGGGUCCAUUGUGGAAUGAAACUAUUCGUGAUUGAUACAAAAAAGGGUGAAGAGAAAAAUGAUAACCAGUUUCUCUUCCCCCCCCUCGUAGGUUUUACAGUAGAGUUUUUAGUCAUACCGUACUUCCUAAAUACUUGCGCGCGUGCACAACAACAAGAAGCCCAAUACUAUUCCAAAUGUUUUGAAAGCAAGUAUCGGUGUCGGUAGGUAUUACGUACGUACGAGUUCUACUACAUACCGUACCGUAGUAAUCAAGGUCGGGGUUGCGACUUUUUUCGAAACAAAUUUUUGAAUAAGUUUAUCACGAAGGGCCCAGAACAAGUAAGACCCAUCAUCUAAGUAAUCGUGCUGAAUAAUGCCGUAGAAGACUGGUACUGUAAUAUUGUAGUCGCCGUCACGUUCAACUCAAAUCGAUCUGUUGCGUGUCUUCCAAAAGUGGUUUUCGGUUCCGUCAGGUCACAGCUUUGUCGUCAACACACUGCAUCAUAGAUCGAUUUUAAUUGGAUCGAAAGUGCCUCUGUCUAUUGCAACCAUACAAGAAGAAAGUGAGUUCACCGCUUGAGUUCAAAAGCACCCAAAAGUGUUAGCUUCCUUUCCAAUUCAUUCAUAGAAGUAUUCUGAACCGGAGCGGACUGGCUCUUUCUGGUCCUUAACUCUGACCUUUCUCUUCCCGUAUUUUUCAUUUACUCGAACCUUCAUUACCGCGAUCCAUGUGCAGUGGCGGAAUCGGCUGAUAUCAAAAGCAAUAUUUCACGUUCGGAGUCAGAAUUGUCGGAAUAUGCAGUACGUUUUUAUCAUGUGAUUCGUCUUGCCUAUCGUUCCAAAGGAUGCGAUGACACCACGCUCCUAUUUUUUAGCUCUUAAAACGCCAAUCGUUCCCGUUUUCUCCAUCAUCCUGGUAUCCAAUACCACUCCACUUGACCAAUCAUGCCCAUUCUAUGGCUGAAAUAUUUCCCAAAACGCAACAACCGCAUUAACGAACAAACCGAUUGGAAUGAAUGACCAGACGCGGUUAGACGAAGAAUGCGCCCAGCUUUUGGUGGACAUUCGUCGCAUUGGAAUUGUAGGAGAGCCGCACACAACCUUUGGGGAACUUUUUGACGACGACGAUGUUUCGAAUUAUUAUGAGGCACUGGUAGGUACACUGAAGGCAGCCAAAAAACGAAAUAUGAUCACCUUCAAGGGGCAGCUCUUGUUGAAAGGCGUAAGCGACAAAGUCAAAAUCAGCAUCAUCGAGGGGUAACAAAACGAAUAAAGUCUGCCAUGGCAUCGAAUGGGAUGUUUAAUCCAGAAGGAAAGAAAUCAUUAUAAAAGACCAAAACAAUCUGCAAAAAGGUGAAGGAACCGAUCAAGAAGGCGAAUGGGAGAGAUUUAAAGUGGGAGAGAGAAGGCAAAGCAAUGACUGAACCUGGAAUACCAUUUGGAAUGCGUAUAGUUCUCUCAAGCAAUACGGAUUAUCGAUAUAUCUUUGGGUGCCUACCUGCUCUUAUUCAUCAUCGUUUUGCUCUUGACCUAUCAUCUCGCAUCAAGUAUCUCUUUGCUCUGCUACUCUUGCAGAGUCAAGAUAUUCUUUAGAUGCUUUCUUGGCACCAGAGGAUUAAUAGAUAAAAUAUCCUCUACUUAUCGAUCGCACAAUCUUAGAUAGAACCGUAUCAUCCUUGCCAAGGCAACUACGAAACUGGUCAGAGAAAAACACGGCGUGUGACAACAGAAAAACAAAACUUCAAUCUCCACUAGCAGAACGAAGCAUUAAUAGAACAGAGGAGGCAGUAUGCCUUACCUCUCGCGAUCAUGAGUACUUAAAUGUUCUUCUCAUGCCCUCGGAACAUUAUAUUAAUCUACUUCGUUGAGCGAGCAUCGUUGUAUUGACUUCAUGUUCYUGAGGUCUCUCCGAUCUGAAAUAUCUGAUGAAUAGAAGUAGAUUAGAAGU